AUGGUCAAGUGUGAGUUCUUCCAGUCAGAGGUGAGAUAUCUUGGGCAUGUGAUUUCUGAAGAGUGUAUCGCAAUUGAUCGCUCGAAGAUUCAAGCAAUUAUCGAUUGGCCAACACCCACUAAUGUGGGAGAGGUGCAUAAUUUCAUGGGUUUAGUAGGAUAUUAUCACAGAUAUGUUCAGGAUUUCUCCAGAAUAGCUCAUCCUAUCACUUCUCUUCAGAGAAAAGGGAAGAGGUUUGUUUGGAUAGAGCAGUGUGAGAGAGAAUUUCGGAUCCUUAAGGAGCGUUUGACCAAUGCACCUAUUUUAGCAGUGCCAGAUCCUUUGGAGAAUUUUGUGGUGUGUACAGAUUCUUUGGAGGGUCUAGGAGCAGCGUUGAUGCAGGAUGGUCGUGUGAUUGCAUAUGAGUCACGGAAACUUAAGAACCAUGAGUAG